AUGCCCAAAGACAGUACACCCACAGAAGCCGAUGUCAUUUUCAAUCGAGCAAAUGUCGCGCUCGCUCGCAGCCAGCGCUUAGUCCAGUCAUGGCUCCCCACCAAAACUGGCCAGGAGACGCUUCCCCAGAAGACCGACCAAGAGUUGCUGAAAGAAGAUGAGGAAUUAUUCAAACCCACACCAGAGCUCCUUGGAGUCGGUGCAACCGCCCCCGAUGCAGAUCAAGACUCGCUGCUCAAAAAAAGACCUGGCGCAAACUAUGACAGACUACUAGAGCAGUUGCUAGGCAAGAAGGCCGCUAAAGGCCAUCGAGCUACUUCCAAGCCUCAGCCUGCUCAGAAGACGCCUGCGCUGCAGAAGACCACUGCAGACCAAGUCGACGCUGAUGACGACGACGACGAUGAAGAAGGAAGAGCGACUAUGGUUGCCUCUAAUUCUAAUAAGAAGAGAAAGGGUCCUGCUCAAUCGUCCACGAAUAAGACUGCCUCCACAUCUCAGAAACAAGACAAGGCGGAAGUCUUGUCAGAUGACGAUGAUGAUCCAAGGCCAAGCAAGAAGAGAUCUGGAACAUAUCUUGAUCAGCUUCUUGCGGAAAAGGCUAGCAAAAAGAAGAGGAAGCAGCAGCAG